AGUCCGUGUCAAUCGGGACUUGGUGUAACAUCUUUUGGAUAAUUUGCUAAUAUGGAUGAGGAAGAGCAAGGAGAUACUGGAGAUCCAGAAUUCAUUAAGAGACAAGAACAAAAAAGAUCUGAACUCGAUGAGCAAUUACGUGAAUACAUUGCAGAAUGGAGACUUGUCAGGAAGAAAGAACAAGACGAGUUAAAAAAGCUAAAGGAAAAGCAAGCUAAACGUAAAGUAGCAAGGGCAGACGAGGAAAGAGCAACAGCAGAACGCAAAAAGGCAGAAGAAGAACGAAGAGUAAAAGAAAUUGAAGAGAAAAAAUUGAAAGAUGCUCAAGACAAAAAACAAAGACUCAUCGAUGCUGAAAAGAAAAGGCAAACGAUGAUGGCAGCUUUGAAAGAGCAACACCAAAAUAAAACUUUGAAUUUUGUCAUCAAAAAAAAAGUCUUAGCUGCUAGUUUAUCAGACGCCGAACUAGAAAGAACUAAAACAAAGGAACAGCUAGAAGAAGAAAAGAAAAUCGCCUUAUCCAUUAGAAUAAAACCUUUGGCAUUAGAUGGAGUUCCUAUGGACAAACUCAAGGAAAAAGCAACUGAGCUUUGGGACGUUAUUGUAAAAUUAGAAACGGAAAAGUAUGAUUUAGAAGAGAGAAUGAAGAGACAAGAAUAUGAUUUGAAAGAACUUAAAGAACGCCAAAGGCAACAGUUAAGGCACAGAGCUUUAAAAAAAGGUCUGGAUCCUGAAGCCUUGACUGGACCUCAUCCACCAAAAAUUCAAUUGGCGUCCAAAUAUGAGCGCCGUGUUGAUAUAAGAUCGUUUGAUGAGAGACAAAGACUGUUCCAAGGAGGUUUUGACACGCUCUACUUAGAACAGCUCGAAAAAGUUUGGAGAGACCGAGUGCAACAGUUCAUGCAACGUCCAAGAAAAAAGCUUCCCAGAUGGCGUGGAGAACGUCCUGGCAAAAGACCAGGUGACCCAGAUACACCAGAAGGCGAGGAAGACGUUAAAGGCGAAGACGUUGAAGGCGAAGACGUGGGUCCAAAAGAAGAAAAACCGAAAGAAGAAAUUGAAGAUGAAGAUUUGGAAGAGGAGGAGGUUGAAGUGGAUGAAGAGGAAGAUGCCGACGAUGAUGAUGAGGACGAAGAGGAAGAGGAAGAAGAAUAAAUUAUCGAUUUUUAG